AUUGAAAGGGGUUUUUCAGUUUAGUCCGUUAAUUCGGUUUAUUACUCUAUAGGCGCUGGACGGAUAUGAAGAAAAAAUGACCGAAGAAUCUGCUGUAAAAGUUUGUGUUAGGGUUCGACCCCGUAUAAAACGCGAGGAAACGGACAGUGCAGAGCCUGUACAGCUGUACUGGAAGGCUGAUAAACAGGCCGUACAUCAGAUUGACGAUGAUGGCAACAUGACCAAAAGUUUCAGCUUUGACAGGGUUUUUAGUGCUGAAGAAUCCACCAAUCAGCUCUAUCAGGACAUUGCCAAACCCCUGGUGGUGUCCACUGUGGAAGGAUACAAUGGAACUAUAUUUGCGUAUGGACAGACGUCCUCCGGAAAGACGUUUACAAUGAUGGGCAGUGAGCACAACCCUGGUGUGAUUCCUCUUGCCAUGGCAGAUGUUUUUCAGACGAUCAAAAAUUGUCCAAAGAAAGAGUUUCUUCUGCGUGUGAGCUACAUGGAAAUUUACAACGAAACCGUUACAGAUCUCCUCGUCGACAGCUGGAAAAGAAAACCUCUGGAAAUCCGAGAAGGCAACUACAAAAACGUGUACGUGGCUGAUUUGACAGAAGAGCUGGUGACGUCUCCGGAGCAAGCGCUUGCCUGGAUCCGGAAAGGAGAAAAAAACCGGCAUUACGGGAAGACUAAAAUGAACCAGAGGAGCAGUCGUUCUCACACCAUUUUCCGCAUGAUCUUGGAGAGCAGAGAGAGAAGUGACCCAGCGUCUGGUGAAAAUGCAGACGGUGCCAUCAUUGUGUCCCAUUUGAACUUGGUGGAUCUUGCUGGGGCUGAGCGAGCGAGUCAGACCGGAGCUGAGGGGACCCGUUUUAAAGAGGGAUGCAACAUCAAUCGCAGUCUCUUCACCUUAGGACAAGUCAUCAAGAAACUGUCUGAUGAGAGCCAAAAGGGUUUCACAAACUACAGAGACAGCAAACUAACCCGAAUCCUACAGAAUUCCCUGGGAGGCAACGCCAAAACCGUCAUCAUCUGCACCAUCACACCAGUGACUGUGGAUGAAACUCUGAGCACUUUACAGUUUGCCAGCACUGCAAAGCGCAUGAAGAACGAUCCUCAUGUCACAGAGGUCUCAGACGAAGGUGCUCUUCUGAGAAGAUACCGCAACGAAAUUGUGGAUCUCAAACGACGUCUUCAUGAGGUUUCUUCAGUCACUCAAACAACUGUGACUGAGAAGGAGACCUUGUUCCAGCUAAUACAAGAGAAGGAUCAACUCCAGAGAGAGCAAGCAGAUCGAAUUACCAACCUCACAAAGCUUUUGGUAACGGCAUCAAAUGUGGUCCCUGUUCACAAGAUUCCCAAGAGAAGAGUGACCUGGGGUGGAAAGCUCGUCAGACCGUCUUCAGUGGCAGAUGAUUACGGAUCUCCUGAUAUGAGUUUUGCUGAGCCCUAUUUCAAAAAAAGGAAAGCAGAUCUUACUGUGACCGAGGAGGAGUCCGAAGACAUGGAGGAGUUCAACAUGACGCCAUGUUUUUUCUCCUCCGCCGAGGACACCUCCAUAGACCUGGAGAUGAACCAGAGUAACAUUACAAUGCGCAGCUCUGCAGAAGGCAUGUGCACCGACUCACCCCAGGUCAUGUUCAGAAUCGAGUGUCUGGAGCGUCAGCUGGCGACAGAAACUCAGGAGAAGCAAAAGGCUGAAGAGAAGAGUACCAUGCUGGAGCAGAGGACCGAAGAGCUCGAGAAACAAUUGCAGACCUUGGAGCAACAGCUGGAGACAGAAGUGCAGGAGAAACAAAGAGUUGAGCAGAAGUUCUCCACGCUGGAGCUGAAGGUCACAGAGAUGGAAAAGCCUUCAGAACCCGAAAAGGACGACAAAGCCUGUGAGCAGUACCUUGCAGAGGCAGUCCAGCUCUGUCACACACUGAGCUCUGAGAGGGAGGUAAUUGCUGCAGAGCGCGACGUGCUGAAGCAAAGCCUCGAGGAACUUUCUCAGGACAUCGAGAGACUAAAGCAAGACAACGAGGCACUGAGGAAAGACAAAGCGUCUCUCCUGAGAGACAUCGAAGAACGGAAAGACGCAGAGGAGUUUGAGAAACUUGAAGAGGAGAGCAGAAAAGACUACGAGCGAGAGUUGGAGGCGGAAAUUUCAGCUUUGAAAAAAGUUGCGACCGAUUCAGAAGACCUGGUCCAGAAGCUGAAGUCUGAUCUGGAGGUGAUGUCAGGGGAGCUGAAAAGGAACAACGACUUGGUGGUUGACCUGCAGAGUUUGAAUGGUAAGGACCUUGUUCAGGAGGUAACACAGCUGCGUCGCUCGUUAGAUGAUGCCGAAGGGCUCAGUUUGGAAACUAAAAAAGAGUGGGCUUUCCUGCGCAGCGAGAACAUCUCCCUCAAAGAGAGAGACGAGACUUUGACUGUUCGGUUCAACCAAAUGGAGAGCGAGGUCAAGUCCCUGCAGAGCCAACUCGAGCAUGAGAAAUCCCGUUUCAAGAAAAUGCAGGCUGACCUCCAGAAAGAGCUGCUCGGGGCUUUCGAUGAGAACACCAAGCUCACUGCUCUUCUGGAUGGAAAAGUUCCUAAAAAUGUUCUGGAUAACCUGACGCUAGAGAAAACAGUUGCUGAAUUAAAGAAGGAACUUGAGACGAGCCAGGAGAAUGAACGAGCUCUACAGAGCAGAAUGGAGGAGUUAAAGAAUCUAGAGGUUCUUCCAGCUAAAGUGGAUGAUUUGUUGAGACAGGUGUGUGAGCUCACUGGUGAACUUUACUCAGUGCAAGAGGAGAGAGACAGCCUUGUCUCUGCUCAGGCUGCGUCCCAUGAGGACAGUGAGAGACUUAAAGGAGAGGCUGUAAAGGUCCAGGAAGGUCUUGAGAAACUGCAGAAGGAUUUGUCUGAUGCAGAACUCAAGGAACUUCAGUUAAUCCAACAGAACACUGAGACUACGGAACAGCUCGUAAAUGUCCAAACAGAUCUUCAACACCUCCUGGAGGAAAAGGAGAGUCUUCUCAAUGCCUUGGAGGAAGCUAAACAGAAGUCGGUGCACUUGGGUGAGGAGCUGGAAUUACUUCGCUGUGACGGAGAAAGGCAUCUAUCAGAAUUGACCACUAUGACAGAAGAGAGGAACCAUCUUCAGGAAGCAGUUCACACUAAAGACUCUGAGCAUGCUGAAUAUGUUCAGAACCUCCAGAUAGAGCUGCAGACUGUUAAGGAAGAGAGAGAUCAAAUGAAGAGAGAUAUGGAGGAAAAUGUGGAGCUGAUGAUCGAGAAUCAAGAAGAAUUGCGAGCGGCUCUGGAGACGGCAAAAGUACAACAGGACCGAAUGCGUCAACUGGAAGCAGAAAAAGCUCAGCUGGAAUCCAGACUGUCCAACCCAGCUGACAACAGUCUUGUGGAGGCUCUGCAACUGCAGGUGAAGCAGCUGAAAGAGGAUCUGCAGUCUGCGUGUGUUGAAAGAGACACUGAUGUACGUGAUAAAGCUUUUGACUCUGAACUGGAGAGGAUGCAGACCAAUAUCCUCUCCCUGACUGAAGAGAGAGACCAGCUUCAGCAGAUCGUUCAAGGCUUGAGAGAAGAGAAAAGCCAGCUGAAGGAAGAAUUGGAGGAAAAAGAUGGGAUGAUCAUCCACAUCCAGUCGGAGCUGAACGAGAGGCAGCUUUCUGAUUCGAAGUGUGUUCUUAAUGAGGAGGAGGGUGAAGUUCAGCUGCAACAGAUGCAGACUCUUAAAAAGAGGGCUGAAGAGUUGGCACAGGAGAAUUCCCAGCUUCGCACAGAACUUGAUGACAUGACUGACAAGGUAGGUGAGCUCUCAGAAACUCUUAGUGAGGCACAAAGUGAGAAGAAUCGCUCGCUUGCUGCUCAGUCUGCAUUGCAUGAUGAAAAUAUAAGACUCAAGGAAGAAAUGGAAAAAGCUCAAGAGGAGCUUGUCAGGAUUGAAGGUCAGAUGAUUGAUUCUCAGCUGAAGGAAGCUGAAGUCAGCCAGCAGCACGCUGAAACCACCGAGCAGCUUACAAAGGCUCAGGCAGACCUGCAGCACUUUACUGGGGAGAAUAACAAACUGCUCAUGUCUCUGGAGGAAGCCGUCCAAAAAGCAGCACAACUGGACGAAGAACUCCAAUCUCUUCAUUGUGAAAGAGAGCAGCUUCUGGGUGAGAAGAGCGAGGGAACUCUCUAUCAAGAAGAGUUGGAGAGCCUUCGUGCCGUAGUUUCCUCCGUGACCGAGGAGAGAAACCAGCUUCAGGAGAUCCUUCAGGGUCUGAGAGAAGAACGCAGCCAGCUGAAGAGAGACCUGGAAGAGAGCAAUGACAUGCUUAUACAGGCGCAGGAGAAACUAACACAGAGUGAGAUCAGUUCACCACAAGAAGCAACAAGUGUCCAAGAUGAAGUCCAGCAACAGCUACAAGAGCAAAUCACAGCACUGAGUGAGGAAAAUCAUCAGCUGAAGAUGGAUGCUCAGGAAAACGUGGAAAUGAUGAUUGAGACUCAAGCAGAGUUGAGGUCAGCACUUGCAAAUAUAAAGGAACUAGAGAAGAACAUGCGUGAGUUGGAAGUGCAGAAGACUCAGCUAGAGUCCAAAGUGUCCCAGACAGACAGCAGUGAGGAGAACCAGCUUGUGGAUCUGAAAAUUCAGAUUGACCGUCUGAACGAAGAACUCCAAGCAGUCAAUGAGGAAAAGCAGCGUCUUCUUUCUGAGAAGGAACAGGAUCGUUCUGCUGAAGAAUUGGAGAGAGUUCGGGCCAACGUGAGCUCACUCACUGAGGAACAAGACCGACUUCUGGACGUACUACAGGGCCAGAGGGAAGAACAGAACCGGCUAAAGAACAUCUUGGAAGAGAAGGAAGACAUGAUUGUGCAGCUUCGAGAGGAGCUUCAGACCGCUGCUGCAGAGAGAGACGAUCUUCUGAAUAGAAUAACUGAAGACGCCGUGGAGGAUGCUACACUGGAGACGGUCCGUGCGAGUUUAUCCUCCCUCAAUGAAGAAAGAGACCAACUGCUGGAGAUCCUGCAGAGCCUGAGGGAGGAGAAGAACCAGAUGUGCAGUGAGCUGGAAGAGAGAAAUUCUAGGCUGAUGCAGCUGAUUGACGAGCUCCAGAUUACUACAGCUGAAAAGGACAACCUACUGGCUGAGAAAUCUAAAGAUGACCUGGAUAACAAAGCAGAGUUGGAGAGACUCCAGAGCAGUGUUGCAUCUCUGACUGAAGAGAGAGACCAGGUGACAGAGGAGAAUAAACAGCUGAAGACUGAACGUCAGGAGAUCUCUGAAACGGUAAUGCAGUUAAGAGAGACGCUUCAGUCUACAAGUGCAGAGAAAGAGCAUCUUCUGUCAGAGGCGACCAAAGAGAGCAUCGCUCGCAUGGCUGAGAUAGAACAGAUCCACGCAGAUAUCACCUCCAUUACUCAGGAGCGGGACCAGCUUCUGGAGCUUCUGCAGGGCCUGAGGGAGGAGCUGCUUCAGCUGAGGAAAGAUCUUGAGGAGAAGGAUGCAAUGGUGAUGCAGCUGAAGGAAGAUUUCCAGUGCGCUAGUAACGAGAAGGAUCGUCUUCUGGCUGAAAAUGCUACGUGCAGCCUGGAGAAAGUUGAGAUGCUAGAAAGACUUCAAGCAAACAUCACGUCUCUAACUGAAGAGAGAGACCAACUUCUAGAAGUGUUGAAGGGCAUGAGGGAGGAGAAGAACCAGCUUCAGUCUGACCUGGAUAUGAAGGAUGAAUUGUUACAGCAGCUGAAGGAUCUUCAGACCGAACGAGAGCGGUUAUCAACAUGUAACUCUGUGAACGAGGAUGGAGACAAUCUCCAGGAGCUGCUGCAGGGAGUGCGAGAGCUCAUCCAGGUUCAGGGCGAGCUGAAACAGAAACCACUGAGUCCUAAAGCUACCUGGAAAGCUGAGCUCCAGCAGGCCAGUCAAAUUAUGCAGGCGCUUAAAGAAGAAGUCGAGUCUUUAAGGAAGGAGAGAGCGUUACUCCAAAAUGAUCUUCGGGAAACCGCUGAAACCUCAAAAGCCUAUCAGGACUUGUUCCAUUCCACAAGGGAGGAGUUGAAGCAGCAGCAGAAUGCUAACUUAAAGGCCCAAAAUACUGAACAGGAGACUCUUCUUCAGCAGCAGAUGAGUCAGAUGAAUGCCGGCCUUUCGUAUCUGAGAGAACAGCUUAUGGCAAAGAAAACCACCGAGAACCUCAACACAGACAUGCAGAAUCUUCUGACUCGCAUUGCCUCUCUCGAGGAAGAAAAAACAAAACUCCAAGAGCUGCUCGAGGCUGCCAGAGAAGAGGCAGCUAACCUGAGACGCGACCUCCAGGAGAGCCAGCAAACGAAACACAAGCUUAUGGAAGAGCUUGAAAAUCUUUGUGGCAUUAAAGAGCAGCUUCUUAACGAAAAAACACAUGCAGAUCAGCUCCAGGAGGUUUUUUGUGGUGUCAGAGCAGAGAGAGACCAACUCAGGAGGGAGCUGGAGCAUAAAAUGGAGGAGAUAACGCACAUUGAGGAAAAGGUGAACGGACUAGAAAAGGAGAAAAUACAGCUCGAGUCUGAAAUAAGUUCUUUAAGCCAGUCUCUUCAUGUUGUGAAUGAACACACUGAUGCCUCUAAUGAAGGAAGGCUGAAGAUGAUGUCUGAAAUUGAAAUCUGUAAUGAAAAACUUAAGGUUGCGUUCUUCAAGCUCCAGGCUAUAAUCGACCGUCCAAAACCCAAAGAUCAUCUCACAGAUGGCAACAGCAAAGAGAAUACCCUGUUUUGUCAGCUGUUACCGUUUGUUCCGAGAUCUCAUAGAUCUGUGUUCGCUGGUCUGACUUCCAAAACAAUUCAUCUUGAUGACCUGCUUAGGAAAAAUGAGGUGACCUUGCAAAGGCUCGCAGCUCUGCACAAGGCCCACUUCAUGAAGCAAGUACACCGUGAUGUGGCUUCCUUCGAGGAGAGACGGUUGCAUGAUGUGCUUAUUCGCCAAGCUCAGACUCCGCCACAAUCCCUCCUGAUGCCUCCCGGGGACUUCCAGGAGAUUUGGGAUCAGAGACUUUUGGAGCUGUUGGACAAACGCAGGCACGAUCUUCAGAACAUAUACAGUAUUCUGGACUUCCUGGAAGAUGGUGUUGCCAAGCAUGCAGUCACACUUUCAGAGGAACUUCAGGCACGAACCCGUGCUAAUGAUGAGAGCAGGGCGCUGGCUGGAACUGCAAACAUGGCCGCUGUAGUUCAGUUCUUUGAGCGAGAGCUCGUUCGACGCACAGCUUCGGCAGAGCGCCUGAGAACGUUUCACCAAAGCAUGCUGGAUAAAUACAGCUGUGCAGUUUCUUUCCUGAAACCUUUGGAGGAGGAGUCAAUAAAGAGACUGAAGGAAGAGAGGAGUGAGAGUCUGACACUGCUGACAUCUUGGAGCAGUGAGAAGCCCAAAACUGAGGCUGACUUACUGCAGGCCAAACAGUCUCUCUCCCUUCAGUUGCAACGGGCUCAAAAACACUUAGAGGUGCUUCAAACGAAAAUGGAGGAGUUAAAAGCCCAGACAGACAUCUCUAACCAGAAACAUGCAGCCAAGCUUGAAGAGCUGAGCUCUGCUUUAAAGGAGAAGGAGGAUCUCAUCCAGAGCUUGCAAGUGAAGCUGAAGGAGUCUGAGGCUCUUGCAAAAGUGAAGAUGCCACCUAGUGCUGCUGAAAUGGAGACCAUGAAAGAUAAACUGGUGAAGAUGGAGUUUGAGCACAUCGCUAUAACUACCAGUCAUGAAAAAGAAAUAUCACAGUUAAAGUCAGUGGUGGAGCACAGAGGUGAUGUCAUCCGCAAGCUGAAGGAGACUCUCCGAAAAACCCAACAUCAGGACGAACAGUCAUUUAUGGAAGGUGAGGAUCCUCAUUUUAAACCUGGUGCCCAGGACAAACUUCCUACUUGUCAUAAAGAUAAAAAGAUUGAGGAUCUGGAAAAGAAGACUGUGCAGUUUGAAAGCCUGUUGAACAAGCAGCAAGAAGAGAUCAAUAAAUGGAAAAAAAGAGCAUAUAGGCUGAGAGAGAGCAAGAAAGAAGCCCCUCAUUCUCCACGCACCCCAACCAAGCGACCUCUGCUGUUAACAGAAAGCGACAUGUACUCUCCCAAGAAAUCGCUCCUCGAUUCCCCCAAAAGCAAGUUCUUUGACCUCCAUUCUGAGACAGAAACGAUGUCGAUCAAGUGCCCAAAGCAGUUCUUUGAUAACUCCAGCCUUGGUACUAUGCCAGCUGAACCAGUUUCGACUGAUUCCUCAGAAAGCGAUGAGGACGCCGGUCCCAGCUCAGCUGUCAGCUCAGCCGACACACAUCCAGAAAGCUGGUGGCAUAUUCCAAGCACUUCCCCGGUGAAGACUGACCUGAACCUGGAUGCCAAUGGCUGUCCAACUCAGUGAUUUAUAUGUAUUUGUUUGUCUGUCUGGUUUUAGUUGUUUGUUUUUGUCUUUCGUUUCAAAAGUAUGUCCCUAAACUUAUUUUGGAGUCAAUAAAUCACCUAUUAAAAUUGUC